AUGGAAGAAGAAUACUUGAAGACCAUUCGUCUGAUGUUUAUUCGUUGUGUGGCUAUUUCCGGUGUAACCGAAGAGUCGUGGUCAGAGGAAAAUGGGAAGGCACUAGAUCAAUUUAUUGUGGACACCUCUAUCACAACUGUGGUGGUCUACUUGGACAGCCAAAUGGAGCUACGGCUGGAGUACUCAGUGCCACUGGCUGGGGAUGAGCAGCUGGCCUAUUUUAUUCGUGAGCCAGGGGCCAUAAUCACAGCAGAGACUUUUGAUGCAGCAGUAGAGUUUGGCACAGUGAGGUGCAACCCCACCGACAGUGUGCUUCGUUACAUGACCUGUUUGCACGCACCCUUAGUCGCCCUCACCACCAACUGGGAAAAGAGCAGCAAGGACAACUACACCAACCACAUGCACUGCUACCUCUCCGGCAUCACAGAUGAUGUUUAUAAAAAGAUUGGCAAGACAGUACUCUACAUCCCAAUGGAAGGCCUUCAGCGCAGUGCUGAGGAGGCAAGCAAGGACAAGAAGCUAGUACAGAGAAUGGAGACUGUUAUGAUCAACUGGACAGAUCAGAUCAAAGAGCUACUGAAUGCCCAAGAAAUAUUGAAGACGGAGGGCCACUGUGGUCCGCUGCAGGAGAUAGCCUUCCGGGAGAGUCGCUCUGCCAAGCUGUUGGACAUCAGCCACGAGCUGCAACAGCCAGGGGUCAGGCACAUCCUGAACAUCCUGCAACUUUCCAAGUCACUCUAUGUACAGCGCUUCUGUAAAUUGGUCCAGGAAAUACAGGGUUUCUCUCAUCAGGCCCAAUCAAACCUGUCCUUCCUGUCCAUGUUGAAGGAACCCUGUGAAGAGCUUUCCCAACUCAAACCUAGCCAUGUUGUUCCUAAGAUGCGACACGUUGUCAGUCUUAUUCGCAUCAUCUGGAUCAACUCAAUCUACUACAACACCAGUGACAGAAUCACUGGUCUCUUCCGCAAGAUGAGUAAUGAGAUCAUUCGCCUGUGCAUACAAAGCAUCUCUCUGGACAGGAUCUUUGAGGGCUACGUGAUCUCCAGCAAGCAAAACCUCAGCGACUGUAUCCAGUGCUGCCUGGCCUGGAAGGAAACUUACCUGCAUGCCUCCCAGAUUCACCACAAGUAUUCCCCAAAAGGGUGGGUCCUGGACCAAACCAGCAUUUUUGUCCUGGUCGACGCCUUCAUUCAAAGGUUCAGAGACCUGCUUGAGGUAUGUGACUGCCAGCACCAGUUUGCCCGUUGGGAAGAUGGUCAGCAGAGAGCUCUGCCGUGCUUUAGUGGUUGCCAGGGACCAGAGUUCACACGCUCCCUCCUGGAGAUAGAGGGCAACUUCCACCGUGGCCUAGAGAACCUGCGCACUGUUGACAAGGGCAUCCUUGAUGUCGAGAACACCACAUGGUGCAAUGAAUUUAACAAGUUUCGUGCAUUGAUAAAGGAUCUGGAGAUGAUGAUGCAAAACCUGAUCAAUUCAUUGUUUAAGACAGUGAACACAAUGGAGGAAGGACUUCGUCUGCUGGACAUUUUUAGGCCUAUGUCUACUCGCAAGGCUAUUAAGCGCACAACAGAGGAGAAGGUGGAGGAAGUGUACAGUAUCUUAAACAAGGAGCUCAAAAUGGUCAGCAAGGAGCUGAACCAGGGGCCACGGUCUAUUCCUGACCAUAUGCCCAAGAUAGCAGGCCUGACCUUUUGGGCAAAAGCCCUCAGACAUCGCUUAGAGAGACCCAUGGAGGUGCUUAAGAAGGCCCACUUCAUGCCAGAGACAUACAGCCGCAAGCAGGUGUUUUACGCCUAUACACAGAUAAUCCAGGUUUUGGAUGAGAUGGUGAGGAAGAACUUCAGCGAGUGGAGCCAGAGCCUGGACGGACAUUACCUCAAGAGACUGGAGCAGCCGCUUCUGGUUCGCAGCAAAGACAAGACUGCCAAACUAAACAUCAACUUUGACAGUAACUUACUGAAGCUGUUCUCUGAGAUCCACUACUGGGAUCGGCUAAAGUUUGAGAUCCCCCAGUGUGUUUCCGACAUUUACCAGGACAAGGAGGACCUCAGAGGCCUGAGGGAGAGAACACUGCUACUGAUCAGAAACUAUAACAGAAUCAUUGAAAUGCUUUCUCCUGACGAGCUGGGUUUGUUUCGGGAACGAAUUUGUUUCCUGGAUAAGAAGAUUCACCCGGGGCUGAGCAAGCUGUUAUGGUUGUCUAAAGGAACUUCUAACGUCUUCGUCCGUGAUUGUCUCCACCAUGUUGACAAGGUCCAGUUGAUAGUUGAUGAAUACAAAGUAUCAAAUCUCUCCAUCUCCAACCUUUGUCGUGAGAUCAGUGAAACAUUGCUGGUUAGACUGGAUGGAAAGACUGUGUACAGGAACUUGGAUUUUGAGGAUGAUCAGAAGACUCACCAACAGAGCCAUCUCCAAAUACUUCGCUCAGCGCAUCAGCACAUUGUUGAUAUCAUGACCCGCAUCCACACCAUCUUCUCUAAUGAUGGACCUGAGGUCCAGGAGCACUGGGUGACUUACACAGAGAAGGUGGACCACAUGGUGGAAGAAGCUCUCAGGAGCAACAUCAUGCGCUCUAUGAAAAAGCUAUCAAGGGCCAUCAAUGGAGACAGCAAGACAUCGCCGAAUCCCUUGUUCAAAGUUCUGGUAGCACUGCGCCAGGCAACUCCCCAAACCACUCCAAAGGUCGAGUUCUCCCCGACACUUGGAAAGCUUGCUCAGAUUGUAAACAUCAUGCCUCAACUCAUCAACACCAUCUCUGAAUUCAAGCGGAUGCCUGAGCUUCUAUCCUGCAAAAGUUCACAGGAGAAUCCAAUCCACAUCAACAUUGAGCAAGACGAGGAGAUAAGGAAGAUUCAGGCUGCAGUUGCCACAGGGAUGACAGCCAAUGCCACCCACCUGCAGGCCUAUCUAAAGACCUGGGACAAAUACAGGGAUAUCUGGGAAACCAACAAGGACUCCUUUAUACAACGAUACCAAAGACUCAACCCACCAGUCACUUCUUUUGAUGCAGAUAUACAUAGGUACACAGAAAAAGCGAACAGUGUUCAACAGGAAGAGACGGUGGUGAACAUCCGGUUUGUCAUGCUGGAUUGUUCACCUCUCAAGUCCUCCUUGGUGCAGCACUGCAGUGACUGGCAAACCAAGUUCACUCAACUGCUCAGCCUCAUGGCCAGCAACCGCCUCAAAGAACUUCAUGCCUCCCUUCAAGACCAUGCCAACAGGCUGAGACAACCGCCCCAGACACUGUCGGAGCUUGGUGAGAGCCUGAAGCUCUUACAAACUCUCCAGGGAGAUUUGUCUAAGACAGAGGCUCAGAUUCCUCUCAUCCAUGAACAGUUUGCUAUCCUGGACAAAUAUGAGGUCCCGGUGGAACAGGCUGUCCAGGACUUGCGGGAGGUGCUGAAUGGGGAGUGGGUGUGGUUCCAACAGGUGUUGAUUGACAGCGACAUCAUGCUUCAGAAGCACAAGGAAAGGUUUAAGAAUAGCCUCCUCCUCUCCUCUGAGGAAUUCAAAACCAAGAUCCAGACCACUGUGCAGGAGUUCAACACCACAGGUCCAUUUGACAGUGUGCUGAGCACUGAGGUGGCCUUAAAGCAUGCAGCAGGGCAUCGAAGCCAACUGGAGGCUCUUAAACGGGAGGAGAGCACCAUCCUCCAAGGCCUGGGCUUCUUCAUGAUAGAACAGCCUCCCUCCAAAAGCAUCCAAAUGCUGGAGAAGGACAUAGACCACCUGCAGCAGGUUUGGGAAAUAACACAGGAGUGGAAUACAAACUGGAACAUCUGGAAGGUUGGUCAGUUUGCUACGCUCCGGACAGAGAGCAUGGAGAGCACAGCGCAGGACAUGUUUAAAAAUAUCCACAAACUACAGAGAGAACUCAAGGAUAAGGAGUGGGACAUCGUGGAUUUUUCCAAGAACAAGAUUGAUCAGUUCAAGAGGAUCAUACCUCUCAUUGCUGACCUUAGAAACCCAGCCAUAAGGGACAGGCAUUGGAAGCAGAUCUGCGAUGAGCUGCAAUGCUCCUUUGAUCACACUAGCGCUGAGUUUACCCUGGAGAAGAUCAUAUCACUGGGCCUUGACAAGUAUACUGACAAGAUCAGUGAGAUCUCUGGAGCUGCCAGCAAGGAACUCUCCAUAGAACAGGGCCUGGAGGACAUUACCAAAAUAUGGGAGGAAACAUUCCUGGACAUCACACCUUACAAAGAUGAUGGCCACUAUCGGCUAAGGGGCACAGAGGAGGUUUUCCAGGCCCUGGAGGACAACCAGGUUAUCCUGUCUACAAUGAAGGCUUCUCGCUUUGUCAAAGCCUUUGAGCAGGAGGUCGACCGCUGGGAACGUCGGCUGUCCCAAGUGCUGGAAGUCAUCGAGACAAUCCUCACUGUGCAGCGUCAGUGGAUUUAUCUGGAGAACAUUUUCCAAGGAAAGGACAUCAGGGAGCAGCUGCCUCAGGAAUGCAAAGAGUUUGAAGAUGUUAGUGCUAGUUGGAAGACAAUAAUGGUUCGACUCAAUGAGGAUAACAACGCCUUGCAGGGAACACACUACCCUGGCUUGCUAGAGAAGCUGUCAGAGAUGAGUGCCAAGCUGGAGGAGAUCCAGAAGGCCCUGGACAUGUAUCUGGAGACCAAGAGGCAGAUAUUCCCAAGAUUCUACUUCCUGUCUAAUGACGAUGUGCUGGAGAUCCUGGGGCAGUCACAGAACCCAGAAGCCAUGCAGCCUCACCUGAAGAAGUGUUUCGACAAUAUCAAGAGCCUGCGCACUGAAAAGAUUGCCAUUAAACCAGAUGCUAUGGGGAUGUACUCUGCUGAUGGGGAGUUUGUUAAGUUCCUCCGUCCAGUGCAACUGGACAAACCUGUGGAGCUGUGGCUGUGUGAUAUUGAGCGGGCCAUGCGUCUUACACUGAAGGAUCGUCUGAAUGACUGCCUUGGAGCUCUGAAGAGGAUGACAGCACACAGAGACAAAUGGGUCAAAGAUUGGCCUGGACAGAUGCUGAUCACAGCCAGUCAGAUCCAGUGGACUACUGAUGUCACUCACGCUCUCAUAACCAGCAAAGAGAGAGCUGACAAGUCUUCCCUUAAGUCCAUUAAGAAGAAACAGGUGUCCAUGCUUAACACCUAUUCAGAGAUUAUCCGUGGCAACCUGUCCAAAGUUCUACGUCUGAAGAUUGUAGCUCUGGUCACAGUGGAGGUUCAUGCUCGGGACGUCAUUGACAAGCUGGCCAAGGCAGGCUGCAAUGACGUCAAUGCCUUUGAGUGGCUGUCCCAGCUACGACUAUACUGGGAGAAGGAUGUGGAGGAUUGUGUAAUUCGACAGACCAACACACGUUUCAAGUAUGGCUAUGAGUAUUUGGGCAAUUCUGGACGGCUCGUCAUCACUCCACUUACUGACAGGUGUUACAUGACUCUGACCACAGCACUCCAUCUGCAUCGGGGGGGCUCUCCCAAAGGCCCGGCUGGUACUGGGAAGACAGAGACAGUGAAGGACUUAGGCAAAGCUUUGGGGAUGUAUGUCAUUGUAGUCAACUGCUCUGAAGGACUAGACUACAAAUCCAUGGGCCGUAUGUACUCUGGCUUGGCACAGACAGGAGCAUGGGGCUGCUUCGAUGAGUUCAACCGUAUCAACAUAGAGGUGUUGUCAGUAGUGGCCCAGCAGAUCCUCUCCAUCCUGUCUGCCCUCUCAGCUGGACAAACAAAGUUCCAUUUUGACGGGUAUCACAUACGUCUGGUCUGGUCAUGUGGCAUCUUUAUCACCAUGAAUCCUGGUUACGCUGGACGUACUGAGCUCCCAGACAACCUCAAGUCCAUGUUCAGACCUAUCUCCAUGGUAGUGCCAGACUCUACUCUAAUUGCUGAGAUCAUAUUGUUUGGAGAGGGCUUCAACAACUGCAAGCUCCUGGCUAAAAAGGUGUUCACCCUCUACUCCCUGGUGGAUCAGCAGCUGUCUAAACAGGACCACUAUGACUUUGGCCUGCGUGCUCUCACCUCUUUGCUCCGCUAUGCUGGAAAGAAGCGCCGCGUUUGCCCUAAUGUUCCUGGUGAAGAAAUCCUGUUAAUGGCUAUGAAAGACAUGAACAUCGCUAAACUGACCUCUACUGACCUACCACUGUUCAAUGGGAUCACUCAGGACUUGUUCCCUGCUGUGGAAACACCCGUUAUAGACUAUGGGAAGUUGAGGGAGGCCAUAGAGGCAGAGCUUCGUCAGAGAGGUUUGCAGGUGACUCCAUUUACCCUGACCAAAGUCAUUCAGCUUUAUGAGACCAAAAACUCACGGCACUCCACCAUGCUGGUGGGCAAGACAGGCAGUGCCAAAACAGUCACCUGGAAGGUCCUGCAAAGUGCCCUCACUGCCCUGCACCGCAAGGAAGUGCCUGGCUACGAGCUUGUCCAGGAAUAUCCUCUGAACCCCAAAGCAAUGAGCCUGGGAGAGCUGUAUGGUGAAAAUGACCUCUCCACCAAUGAAUGGAGUGAUGGAGUACUCUCUUCCCUCAUGAGAACAGCCUGCGCAGAUGAUAAACCAGAUGAGAAGUGGAUUGUUUUUGAUGGGCCUGUUGAUACACUGUGGAUAGAGAGUAUGAACUCUGUCAUGGAUGACAACAAGGUGCUCACACUCAUCAAUGGAGAGAGAAUCUCCAUGCCUGAACAGGUGUCUCUGCUGUUUGAAGUGGAGAACCUGGCCAUGGCUUCUCCAGCUACAGUGUCUCGCUGUGGGAUGGUCUACAAUGAUUACACUGAUCUGGGAUGGAAGCCUUUUGUUAAGUCCUGGCUCGAAAAACGACAAAAGGCUGAGGCGGACAAUCUUAAGCGUUUGUUUGAGAAAUAUGUGGAGAGCACAUUGAGCUUUAAGAAAAGCAACUGUAAGGAGUUGAUCCCCAUCACUGAACUCAAUGGAGUCACAUCACUCUGCCGUCUCUAUGACUCUCUGGCCACACGCAGCAAUGGGGUGAACACUUCAGACACAGAACACUUUGAUCGGAUGGUUGAACUGUGGUUCAUCUUCAGCCUUAUCUGGUCUAUCUGUGCCUCUGUCGAUGAGGAUGGACGCAAGAAAAUGGAUAACUUCCUGCGGGAGAUCGAGGGCACGUUCCCUAUCAAGGAUACGGUGUACGAGUACUAUGUAGACACCAAGAACAAAGCCUGGGCUUCUUUUGAAGAGAAACUGCCCAAGGCCUGGCGGUACAAUGCCAACGCUCCAUUCUAUAAGAUCAUGGUUCCUACAGUAGACACAGUUCGCUACAAUUUCCUGGUUAAGGCUCUGGUGUUGGGUCAGUACCCUGUGCUGCUCACCGGCCCAGUGGGAACUGGUAAAACCUCAGUGGCCCAGAGUGUCCUGCAAGGCCUGGAUAACUCCAAGUGGGCUGGCCUCACUGUCAGCAUGUCUUCACAGACCACCUCUAAUAACAUCCAGGCCAUUGUGGAGAGUCGCAUAGAGAAGAGAACCAAGUGCGUGUUUGUGCCAGCGGGUGGGAAGCACCUGCUCUGCUUCCUGGAUGACCUCAACAUGCCGGCUCAUGAUCUCUUUGGCUCCCAGCCACCACUGGAGCUGCUGCGCCUCUGGAUCGACUAUGGCUUCUGGUUUGACCGCCAGAAACAGACCCUUAAGUUUGUCAGGGGCAUGUUCUUGCUGGCUUCGAUGGGCCCCCCUGGUGGAGGGAGGACUCACAUCUCUGGUCGCUUACAGAGUCGGUUCAAUCUCAUCAAUAUGACCUUCCCCAAUGAUUCCCAAAUCAGACGAAUCUACAGCACCAUGAUCAACCAGAAGCUACAUGGUUUUAAGGAGGACGUGAAGCCCAUUGGAGAAAUUAUCACUCAGGCCACGUUAGAACUGUAUUAUUCAGUUACAGCUCGUUUUCUUCCUACUCCAGCCAAGAUACACUACCUCUUCAAUCUCAGGGAUAUCUCCAAGGUGUUUCAGGGUCUUCUAAGAGCUCACCCAGACUUUCAUGAUACUAAAAACAAUAUCACUAGACUGUGGAUCCAUGAGUGCUUCAGGGUUUUCUCUGACCGGCUUGUAGAUCACAUUGAUAUGGAGGCCUUUGUUACUUUGCUGUCAGAGAAACUGGGCUCACUCUUCGACCUCACGUUUCACAACAUCUGCCCCAAUAAAAAACCUCCAAUAUUUGGUGAUUUCCUGAGUGAGUCUAGUGUGUAUGAGGACCUACUGGACAUAAAGGGUCUCAAGAAGUUCAUGGAGACCCACCUGGAGGACUACAACUUGACACCUGGCGUAGUGCCCAUGAGCCUGGUGCUCUUCCGAGACGCCAUCGAACACAUAACCCGUGUCGUGCGUGUGAUCAGUCAGCUUAGGGGCAAUAUGCUGCUGGUUGGCGUUGGUGGCUCAGGCAGACAGAGUCUGUCUAAGAUGGCUGCCUCCAUCUGUGAGUAUCAGGUAUUCCAGGUGGAAGUCACCAAGCAGUACCGCAAGCUGGAGUUCAGAGAAGACAUCAAGAAGCUGUACCGUUUGACGGGUGUGGACAACAAGCCCACAGUCUUCCUGUUCAAUGACACCCAGAUUGUAGAUGAGUCCUUCUUAGAGGACAUUAACAACAUCUUGAGCUCUGGAGAGGUGCCGAACCUCUACAAGCAGGACGAGUUUGUUGAGGUAUGCAAUGCCCUUUCAGAGUCUGCCAGGAAAGACAAUGUGGUGGAGACUCCUGACUCCUUGUUCAGCUACCUGAUAGAGCGAGUCAGGAACAACCUGCACAUAGUUCUCUGCAUGAGCCCAGUGGGAGAGCCCUUCAGGAAUCGCAUCCUGCAGUACCCAGCACUUGUCAACUGUACUACCAUUGACUGGUUCUGUGAGUGGCCCAAAGAUGCCCUACUGGAGGUAGCUGAGAGGUACUUGGACAGACUGGAGCUGGGCUCCUCUGAGGGGAUCCAGACGAAAGUGGCCAGUAUCUUUGUGACCACACACCAGUCAGUUGCAGAGGUCUCCGAAAGGAUGAAGUUGGAGCUGAAAAGACAUAACUAUGUGACACCCACCAACUACCUGGAGCUGGUGUCGGGAUAUAAAAAGCUGCUGGCAGAGAAACGCAGUGAGUUGGGGGAGCAGGUGAGCAAGCUGCGGAACGGUCUUUUUAAGAUCAGCGACACACGGGAGAAGGUGGAGGCCAUGUCUGUAGAGCUGGAAGAGGCCAAGGUGCAGGUGGCCGAGUUUCAGAAGCAGUGUCACGAGUACCUGUCUGUCAUUGUACAGCAGAAGAUAGAGGCUGACAAGCAACAGAAGGCGGUGAGCGCUAACAGUGAGAAGAUUGGUGCAGAGGAGCUACAGUGCAAAGCCAUGGCUGACAAUGCACAGAGAGACCUGGAUGAAGCCCUGCCUGCUCUGGAAGAGGCAAUGAAGGCUCUGGAGUCUCUGAAUAAGAAGGACAUGACGGAGAUCAAGUCAUACGGCCGUCCCCCAACACUGGUGGAGACAGUGAUGACGGCUGUCAUGACCCUUCUGGGCAAGGAGCCUACCUGGGCAGAAGCCAAGAGACAGCUGGGCGAGUCCAACUUCAUCAAAACUCUGGUUAACUUUGACAAGGACAAUAUAUCUGACCGUGUGUUGAAGAAGAUCGCCCAGUACUGCAGGCAGGUAGACUUCCAGCCAGAUAUCAUCGGCAAAGUUUCUCUGGCUGCCAAGUCCCUGUGCAUGUGGGUCAGAGCUAUGGAGGUCUACGGGCGUAUCUUCAGGGUGGUGGAGCCAAAGAGGGCCCAGCUGAAUGCUGCCACAUCUCAGCUGGCAGAGAAACAGGCUGCGCUGGCUGAGGCCCAGAACAAACUGCGAGAGGUGGCGGAGAAGCUGGACCAGCUGAAAAAAGAGCAUGAUGAGAAGCUGGCCAUGAAGGAGAGUUUGAGAAAGAAAUCAGAUGAGAUGGAGGUGAAACUUGACCGAGCUGACAAACUGGUGACAGGACUUGCCGGAGAGAGGGUCCGCUGGGAGGAGAGAGUUGCUGGUCUUGAAGAAAACAUGGGAUACCUUGUAGGAGACUGUUUGCUAGCAGCAUCUUUUUUAUCGUAUAUGGGCCCCUUCCUUUCCAACUAUAGAGAUGAACUGCUUGCCAUCUGGAUGAAGGAGGUACGGGACUUGGAGAUCCCAUGUUCACCAGGGUUCAGUUUUGCAGUUUUCCUGUCCAAGCCCACAGCAGUGAGAGACUGGAACAUUCAGGGUCUACCCUCUGACGCAUUUUCCACUGAGAAUGGAGUUAUUGUCACACGUGGAAACCGAUGGCCGCUGAUGGUGGACCCUCAAGGCCAAGCUCUGAAGUGGAUCAGGAAUAUGGAGAUGAAGAGAGGUCUUAAGGUAGUAGACUUUCAGAUGCCAGACUACAUGCGGAUUCUGGAGAACGCCAUCCAGUUUGGGAAUCCUGUUUUGCUGCAGAAUGUCCAGGAAGACUUAGACCCCUCUCUCAACCCAAUCCUCAACAAGUCCCUGACACAGAUAGGCGGCAGGCUACUGUUGAAGCUGGGUGAUAAGGAGAUAGAGUACAGUCCAGAAUUUAGUUUCUACAUAACCACCAAGCUGUCCAAUCCCCACUACACCCCGGAGAUUUCUACAAAGACAACCAUAGUUAACUUCGCCGUCAAGGAGCAGGGUCUGGAAGCCCAACUACUGGGUAUUGUGGUACGUAAGGAGCGUCCAGAUCUGGAAGAACAGAAAGACACCUUGGUGAUCAGUAUUGCUUCUGGCAAGAGAAGCCUGCAGGAGCUUGAGGAUGAGAUCCUCAGGCUGCUGAAUGAAGCGACUGGCUCACUGCUGGAUGACGUACAACUGGUGAACACCUUGCAGACAUCCAAAGUGACGGCUACUGAGGUUUCAGAGCAGCUGGAGAGCAGUGAACAGACCGAAAUCGAGAUUGACUCUGCUAGAGAGGCUUACCGUGCAUGUGCCCAGCGAGCCUCAAUCCUCUUCUUCAUCCUAAAUGACAUGGGCCGUAUUGACCCAAUGUACCAGUUCUCACUGGAUGCCUACAUUAACUUGUUCAACCUCAGCAUAGAAAAGAGCAAGCGCAGCCACAAGCUGGAGGAAAGGAUUACCAACCUAAACGACUACCACACAUAUGCAGUAUACAAGUACACGUGCCGUGGUCUGUUUGAGGUCCACAAACUGCUCUUCAGCUUCCAGAUGUGUGCCAAAAUCCUGGAGGUAGCUGGCAAACUCAACAUGGAUGAGUACAACUUCUUCCUACGAGGAGGACUUGUACUUGAUAAAGAGGAGCAGAUGGACAACCCCUGUACCAGUUGGCUUGUAGAUUCCAGCUGGGACAACAUCACUGAGCUGGAUAAGCUGCCCAACUUCCAUGGCAUCAUGGUCUCCUUUGAACAGUAUCCCCGAGACUGGAACCUUUGGUUUACCAGCGCUGAGCCAGAGAACUCCACACUCCCAGGUGACUGGGAGAACAACUGUAAUGAACUCCAAAAGAUGCUGAUAGUGCGUUCUCUGCGUCAGGACCGCGUCUCUCUCUGUGUCAACUCCUUCAUUGUUAACAACAUCGGCUCUCGCUUUGUGGAGCCACCUGUUCUCGACAUGAAAGCUGUAGUGGAAGAAUCCUCCAGCAGUACUCCUCUGAUCUUUGUUCUGUCUCCUGGGGUGGACCCCACAGGAGCCCUGCUGCAGUUGGCUGAGGCCUCUGGCAUGAGCAAAGACUUCCACGCUCUCUCUCUGGGCCAGGGACAGGCCCCUAUUGCCAAGCGCAUGAUCGAAGAGGGUGUCAUAAACGGUCACUGGGUCUUCCUCGCUAACUGCCACCUCUCUCUCUCCUGGAUGCCUGAGCUGGACAAGCUGGUGGAGCAGCUACAGGUGCAGAAGCCCCACCCAAACUUCAGACUCUGGCUCAGCUCUUCACCGCACCCUGAAUUUCCUAUUACUAUCCUACAGGCCGGCAUCAAAAUGACGACUGAGCCACCAAAGGGUGUGAAAGCCAACAUGAAACGUCUGUACCAGGUCGUGACGGAGGCUCAGUUCACCCGCUGCUCAAGACCCGUCCUCUACAGGAAGCUGCUCUUCUCCCUGUGCUUUUUUCACAGCAUCCUGCUGGAAAGGAAGAAGUUUCUACAGCUGGGCUGGAACAUUGUCUAUGGCUUCAACGAUUCUGACUUUGAGGUGAGCGAGAGUCUGCUAAGUCUGUACCUGGAUGAGUAUGAGGAGAUUCCCUGGGAUGCACUGAAGUAUCUAAUUGCUGGAGUCAACUAUGGAGGUCAUGUCACAGAUGACUGGGACAGACGCCUUCUAACCACAUACAUCAGUGACUACUUCUGUGACGGUGCCAUUAGCCAGCCCUUCUUCAAGUUUUCGCCCUUAACCUCCUAUUACAUCCCACGUGAUGGUCCUCAGUCCUCAUACAAGGAGUUUAUCAGCAUGCUGCCGCCAGCAGAGCACCCCGAGGUGUUUGGCCUGAACCCUAAUGCCAAUAUUGCCAGCCAGAUUGCUGAGACCAGGACGCUGUUUGACACCUUGCUGUCCCUGCGACCCCAGGUUUCAAGCCCCUCUGCUGCAGGGGCCGGGCCCAGCCAAGAAGAAAAGGUGAUGGAACUAUUGACAGAUAUUCGCGGGAAGAUCCCAACAAUGAUUGGCAAUGAGAGCACCAGAUCCUUCCUCCAGGAAAACCCUUCACCUCUUAAUGUGGUCCUGCUGCAAGAGAUCCAGAGAUACAACUCCGUGCUGGACACAAUCAUUUCGUCCUUAGUGGAGCUAGAGAAAGGAAUCAAAGGCUUAGUGGUGAUGUCAUCCAGCUUGGAGGAGACCUUCCACUGCAUCCAUGACGCCCGUGUACCACCACUGUGGGAGAAGGCGUACCCCUCUCUGAAGCCCCUGGCAGCGUGGACCAGGGAUCUUUGCCAGCGAGUCGAUCAGUUUGCACACUGGGCAGAAACGGCUCAGCCCCCCAACUUGUUCUGGCUGUCUGGCUUCACCUUCCCCAACGGUUUCCUCACUGCUGUACUGCAGUCCGCUGCUCGACAGCACAACAUAUCAAUAGACACACUGUCCUGGGAGUUUAUAGUGUCAACUGUAGAUGACAGCAACCUCCUUUACCCGCCCAAGGAUGGAGUUUUUGUUCGAGGAUUGUACCUGGAGGGCGCUGGUUGGGAUAAGAAGAACUCGUGUCUGGUGGAGGCUGAGCCCAUGCAGAUGGUCUGUCCCAUCCCCACCAUCCACUUCAAACCUGUGGAAAACCGCAAGAAGAUGGCCAAGAGUAUGUAUCUGUGUCCUUGUUACUACUUCCCUGUGCGUUCGGGAGGGGCGGGCCGAGCCUCUUUUGUGGUCGGUGUUGAACUGAAAUCCGGAGCUGUGACCCAAGACCACUGGAUCAAGAGAGGGACUGCUCUUCUCAUGAGCCUGGAUAACUGA